AUGGCUCGAAUUGCCAAUAAUUUAAAAAUCCCUCAUCAUCUAACAUUUGCCUUCUCAGAUUCUACUGUUGCUCUCUGUUGGUUGAGUAAGCCGCCAGAUGUGUGGAAAACCUUCGUGUCCAAUCGAGUGAAGGAUGUGACCAAGGUGAUUCCCUUCCAUCAGUGGGCUUACGUCAAAAGCGCAGAAAAUCCAGCUGAUGACGCGACUCGAGGUCUGGAGGUUCCCGAUUUCAUCAAAAAUUCCCACUGGUUCGAUGGUCCAGAUUUCUUAAAAUAUGAAAAUUAUCGUAGUUACCAUCCAAUUCCUAACGUAAAUACCAAAUACUAUCAACUAACAAUACUGGCAACUCCAUUUAAAAUACAUUUGGCGUUUUUGUCGCAACAAGGGCGCUAUCUGAGCGGCUGGGCAAUCAAAGAUGUCGCUCCUCUGCUCAAUAGUGAAAUUGAGGAAAGUUUUAACGUAAUUAUUCGUUUUGUUCGAGAAAUUUCAUUUAGUAAUGAAAUAGAUCGAUUAAAAAAUAAACGUCCGCUUAAAAAUCGCAGCUCAUUGCUGACACUGGAACCAUUCCUUGAUAAAGAUGGAAUUCUACGAGUCGGUGGUCGUUUGUCAAACUCUUCGCUUGCUGAUCAAACCAAACAUCCAAUCAUCUUGCAGUCAAAUUGCCAUUUUGCCAAGCUGUACUGUCGCCAUAUCCAUGAAAAAUAUUUCCAUGCAAGGAGAAAAUUCAUUGCUACGUUCGUGUCCUAUCGAUUUUGGUUUGUUGGUGGCGUUACAAAUCUGAUAAAAUUCAUAAUUCGUUCGUGUGUAACUUGCAAUACUCUGAAGGGUGUUACUGCUGAACAAUUGAUGGGUGACUUGCCUAGUCACAGAAUCACGAUUGCGCCGCCAUUCACAUACGUGGGAGUUGAUUUCGCCGGUCCUUUCCAAUGUAAAUGUACGGAGCACAGAUCAACAAAAUACAAUCAAAUUUAUGCCGCUGUAUUCGUUUGCCUAACUGUCAGAGCUGUCCAUAUCGAAAUUGUUUCUGGUUUAUCAACAGAAAAGUUCAUCUUCGCACUUCAAACCUUUGUCGCUCGACGUGGUUUGCCAUCAGUCAUGUUCUCAGAUAACGCAACCAAUUUUGUCGGCACCAAGAACGUUUUCGAGUUGAACAAAAAUCAAGUUACUGAAUAUGCAACUUCAGAAAAUAUUCAAUGGCGUUUCAUUCCGCCUGCUUCUCCUCAUCAUGGUGGUAUAUGGGAGGCAGCCGUGAAAAGUUUCAAACAACAUUUGAUAUCCAUAACCCGAGGAAAUAUCCUGAAUAUUGAGGAAUACCGAACCUUAUUCACUCGUAUCGAAGGUGUUAUGAAUUCUCGUCCUCUCUGCUACAAAAACUCGAUAGAGCAGGGUACCGAAAUCAUCACGCCUAGCCAUUUCCUGAUUGGCCGAAGCACCUUCUCAAUUCCGGCUAUUGAUACUGAAGUUGUUACGCUGAGUCGCAGAUUGCAGUUGAUGCAAAACAUUUUUAAGGGUUUCUGGCUGGUUUGGUCAAAGGAUUAUUUAAACCAGUUACAGCAGAAAUCAAAAUGGAAACAGAAAAAUCCAAAUGUAAAAAUCGGUCAAGUCGUUCUUAUCAAAAUCCCAAAUUCAAAACCCUUUCGUUGGCCUAAGGGCAUCAUAAGAAAUGUAUAUCCUGAUAAAAAGGGUGUUGUAAGAGUCGUUGAUGUAGAAUUUAAAGGUGAAAUUCGCCAACGCAGCAUUAAUAAUAUUGUAAUUCUGCCUAUCGAUAGCAUUAACGAUGAUUAG